AUGAGGUCCAUUCUUGGGAAAGGAAAACCACUUCAGCUGGGUAUCACAGUAUGUUGUUUGAUAGCGUUUAUUCUCUACGGCUACGACCAAGGAGUCUUCAGUGGGAUUCUGGAGAAUAAAGACUGGCUAGAUCAGUUUGGCCACCCGUCCGACUCAAAGACGGGUAUUAUUGUCAGUUGCUACAAUCUCGGCUGCUUUGCAGGCUGUAUUUUAAACUACAUUUUUGGCGAAAAGUUAGGUCGACGGCGAGCAAUUUGGCUAGCAAUGUUCAUCGUCGUGGUAGGAGCGACACUACAGGCCACGGCAUUUAACGUACCUCACCUCGUUGUUGGCCGGUUGGUCACUGGUUGUGGAACAGGCAUCAAAACUUCAACUGUGCCUAUGUAUCAAUCUGAGCUCUGUGACCGAAAGUUACGAGGUCGUCUUGUUUCAGCAGAAGUUCUUUUCGUCGGUGUAGGAAUAACCGUUGCCUACUGGUUUGAUUUUGGCAUGUCCUAUGUUGGAGGGCCUAUUGCGUGGCGCCUUCCAAUUGCAGCGCAAAUAGUCUUUGCCCUUAUCGUGAUCGUUCUUGUCCUAGGAUUACCAGAGUCUCCACGGUGGCUUUUUCAGCACGGCCGUGAGGACGAGGCUAUGGCAGUUUUGUGCGCGGUAUAUGAUAAGGAACCAACAGACCAGUACAUCAUAAAUGAACGCGACGCUAUUUCAUCGGCGAUUGAGCUAGAAUUAUCCGAAAAUAAACCACGCAACUUUUUCAGCAUAUUCAGAGACGAUCGUGUCAAGACAAGGAAGCGUGUCCUACUGGCUUGGUUCGUACAAUUCAUGAACCAGGCUGGUGGGGUGAACUUGGUGGUCUACUAUGCACCGUCGGUGCUCGUUCAGAAUGUUGGUCUUUCAGCAAACUUGGCUCAAAUUUUGGGAGGAUGUAUCAACAUGAUGUUCAUGUUUGGGUCUAUCUUACCUUCUUUCACCCUAGAUCGCAUGGGUCGUCGUAAAACCAUGAUAACGGGCUGUGCUGGGCUGAGUCUCUGUAUGAUGAUGGUAUCGAUUCUUCUCUCACGCGCGGAUUCUCCCAACGGAACAUCUUGCUCUUCAGCCGCAGUCGCAUUUUUCUUCUGUUACAUGCUCAUUUUUGGUAUGACCGUCAACUGCGUACCGUGGGUGUAUGUCCCUGAGAUUCUGCCCCUAGAAGCCCGGGCACGAGGCACUGCCAUUGGGGUCAGUUCUAACUGGCUGUGGAACUUCACUGUGGUCAUGAUAACUCCGGUAAUUAUCAACCGUCUACAGUGGAAGGCAUAUCUAAUCUUCAUGAUUACGAAUGCGCUUUUCGUGCCUGCCUUCUGGCUAUGGUUUCCCGAGACUAGUAACCUGCGUCUAGAAGGUGUAGACUACAUUUUUUCCAGCGGGGGUGACCCUGUAAAGGUUGCACGCCAGCUAGCCAUCGAUAUAAAAACACACGGCUACGAUGUUACCAUGGGAAAUGCUGAAAACAUGAAAUCCGCGUCUGAAAUGUCUAUAGCCAGUUAG